AUGCAUGAUGAGGAAAUUGAUGCAGUUGUUGGACAAAACGCUCCCAGCAAUGUUAAGCUAACCUCUCCUAAUAUUCAAUAUGACAUUAUUAAUGCUUUUGCCAUUGAAACUGUUAAUGCUAUUAUUCAUGAUCUGGAGAUGAUUCUUUUUGCAAUUUUGGUGGAUGAAUCUCGCGAUAUAUCUGUGAAAGAGCAAAUGAUUGUUGUGUUACAUUAUGUUGACAAAAAAGGAUAUGUAGUUGAGAGAUUUCUUGGCAUUAUUCAGGUUAAUGAUACAAGUGCUUAUUCUCUUAAGUUAUCAAUUGAUUCAUUAUUUUCCAAGCAUGGAUUAUGUAUAUCAAGGGCAAGAGGGCAAGGUUAUGAUGGAGCUACCAAAAUGAGAGGUGAAUUCAAUGGGUUAAAAAGUUUGAACAUGAGGGAGAAUGAAUCAACAUAUUAUAUUCAUUGUUUUGCUCAUCAGCUUCAACUUACACUUGUUGCUAUUGCAAAAAAUGAUGUUCAAGUUGGAAGUCUUUUUAACAUGGUAGCUGAUCUAGUAAAUAUUGUUGGAGCUUCUUGUAAGCAGCGAGAUAUCCUUCGAGAACGUCAAGCUGCUCAUGUUUCUGAAGCAUUAUCUAUUGGUAAACUUACAAGUGGACGUGGUUUGAAUCAAGAAGCUACGCUUAAAAGAACAGGAGAUACACAUUGGGAUUAA